GGCCUGCUGACCUCUGUGGAUCUUUCUGCUAUGAAGUCCUAAAAUGCUGUAACCACAGGUCACGGUUGACUCAGAUGGAGGCCUCAGCGCUUCUGUACUUCUUCAUGAGGAAGAACUUUGAAUUUAACAAGCAGAAGUCCAUUGUCCGGUCUCACUUACAACUCAUCAAAGCAGUGAGCCAGUUAAUAGCUGAUGCGGGGAUUGGAGGAUCCAGGUUUCAGCAUUCCCUUGCAAUUACCAACAAUUUUGCCAAUGGAGAUAAACAGAUGAAAAACAGCAAUUUCCCAGCAGAGGUGAAAGAUCUAACUAAACGUAUAAGGACUGUUUUGAUGGCCACAGCCCAGAUGAAAGAGCAUGAGAAGGACCCUGAGAUGCUGGUGGACCUCCAAUACAGCCUAGCAAACUCCUAUGCAAGUACCCCUGAGCUAAGGAGGACCUGGCUGGAAAGCAUGGCCAAGAUCCAUGCAAGAAAUGGAGACCUGUCUGAGGCUGCUAUGUGUUACAUCCAUAUAGCUGCACUCAUCGCAGAAUACCUCAAACGCAAGGGUUACUGGAAAAUGGAAAAGAUAUGCACACCACCCCUGCUUUCAGAAGACACCCAUCCCUGCGAUAGCAACCCAUUACUAACAACUCCAGGUGGAGGAAGCAUGUUCUCUAUGGGGUGGCCAGCUUUUCUGAGCAUCACCCCAAACAUUAAAGAAGAAGGAGCAAUGAAAGAGGAUUCUGGAAUGCAAGACACGCCAUACAACGAGAAUAUCCUGGUGGAACAGCUUUACAUGUGUGUGGAGUUUCUUUGGAAGUCUGAACGAUAUGAACUCAUCGCUGAUGUCAAUAAGCCCAUCAUUGCUGUCUUUGAAAAGCAACGAGACUUCAAAAAAUUAUCAGAUCUCUACUAUGACAUUCACCGAUCCUAUCUGAAAGUGGCGGAGGUGGUAAAUUCAGAGAAGCGCUUGUUUGGCCGCUACUACAGAGUGGCAUUUUAUGGGCAGGGAUUCUUUGAAGAGGAGGAGGGUAAAGAGUAUAUCUACAAGGAGCCUAAGCUGACAGGUCUCUCAGAGAUCUCCCAAAGACUUUGGAAGGGGUAUCAUUUUUUUAAUAUGUCUGAGGCAGCAUGGGAACUCAUAAAUCACUGCUCUUGUUAUACCCUUAAUGUGUUGACACAGGUAAACCCCAAGGAUCUGGACCCCAAAUAUGCCUAUAUUCAGGUGACCUAUGUCACACCAUUCUUUGAAGAAAAGGAAAUAGAGGACCGGAAGACAGAUUUCGAAAUGCAUCACAACAUCAAUCGCUUUGUCUUUGAGACACCGUUCACUCUGUCGGGCAAGAAGCACGGUGGAGUGGCGGAGCAAUGCAAGCGGAGGACAGUCUUGACCACCAGUCACUUGUUCCCCUACGUGAAGAAGCGGAUCCAGGUCAUCAGCCAGUCCAGUACAGAACUGAAUCCCAUUGAGGUGGCAAUUGAUGAGAUGUCCAGGAAGGUCUCUGAGCUUAACCAGCUGUGCACGACAGACGAGGUGGACAUGAUCCGACUACAGCUCAAACUGCAAGGCAGUGUCAGCGUAAAGGUCAAUGCUGGGCCAAUGGCUUAUGCCCGAGCCUUUCUUGAAGAGACUAAUGCAAAGAAAUACCCCGACAACCAAGUAAAGCUACUGAAAGAAAUAUUCAGGCAAUUUGCAGAUGCAUGUGGGCAGGCCCUUGAUGUGAAUGAGCGCCUCAUCAAGGAAGACCAGCUGGAGUACCAGGAAGAACUGAGGUCCCACUAUAAAGACAUGCUUAGUGAACUGUCCGCCAUCAUGAAUGAGCAGCUCUGUCGAGGUCCGUGUCUCUACAGCUUCUGCUCCUCUGUGUCUAGCAUUUCCCUCAGUACUGUGAGCAAAAGUGAUUACGGGCAGGGACGACCCAGCAAAGCGCGGAGUGGAGCGACCCUACACACGUGUAACUAGCAAGGUGACCCCAGCUGUGCCUAUGGUCUCCAUCUCACCCAGUGCUGAAGUUUGAGAGGAGCCCUGGGGCUUUGGACGCACCUCUCAGAGAACUCUCUGAAUUUUUGCAGCUAAUCUCGGGGAAGAACAAGAUAGAUUUAAUUUAUUUGAAGUUUUUACAGUGUUAAUAUUUCUGUUUACCUCGCUAGCUUGAGAAUUUUGCCAGCCUCUGAAUUUGCACAUUUCCUCUGAUUCCUUUGUUUCUUCUGAGUGGUAUUGAUCAAACCACACUGAACAUUUGUCCUGAAAUUCCAGUGAAUGUGCAGCUUCAAAGCAAACUGAGUUUGCUCUUGGGUAUAAUUUGUUCAAUUCCAGGUCCUAGUACACACAUUUUAAAGGUUGAAGUGAAUGUUUUUGUAACAUUUAAGCAUAUUUCAGAUGUAAAUAGAAAAUUGUAAAAUAUAUGGUUUUUAUCAAAUUUCAAAGAAUGUUUUUAGUUAUUACUUAUGAAAGUACUAAAAUUAUAUGAAUAACAUUUCAGAUGUUAUAUUAAAAUAUUUGUGUAUGUGUAAAAAAGUGUUGAUAAAUACUAAUCUUUAAAGUUUGUGGAGUUCCUUUAUUUGUAAUAUAUGUGCUUCUAAAAGCAAU